AUGAGCAUAGUACCUGGUGAACAAAAUAAAACAACGACAACUGUAAUACCUAUUGAAGAUUCUUUAAAAUCAAAACAAAUUCAAAUGGUUGAUAAUGGUUUUUUAUCGAAUAAUUUAAAUGAUCGAAUUGAUGUUGCUCGUGUUCGAUAUCCUCAUUGUAUUGUUUGGACACCAAUACCAAUUCUAUCUUGGCUUUUUCCAAUUGUUGGUCAUAUGGGUAUAGCUCGUACAGAUGGUGUCAUUCGAGAUUUUGCUGGACCUUAUUAUGUUUCAGAAGAUGAUAUGGCUUUUGGUUUACCAACACGAUAUCUUCAACUUGAUUUAAAUCGUGUUUCAACAACUACUAAUACAAGUAAUGUACGAACUAUUUGGGAUAAAGCUGUUGAACAAGCAUCUGAUGAAUAUAAAAAACGCAUGCAUAAUUUAUGUUGUGAUAAUUGUCAUUCACAUGUAGCAUUGGCAUUAAAUACAAUGAGUUAUGAUCGAAAACAUACAUAUAAUAUGAUUUCACUUGCAUGUUGGAUGUUCUUCUGUGGAAAAUUCGUCAGUUUUGGUGGUUUUCUUCGUUCUUGGAUACCAUUUCUUAUUAUUGUAGCUAUUAUUGUUACUAUUGUUGUCGUUGUAAAACUGCGAACAUAA